GCAUUUUUGUCAUUUAGUGUGUAAAGAGAUGACAUUUGCCCUCGGUUGUAGGAAAACCAAGUGAUUGAGGAAAUUAGGGAAUGAAGGUAUCAGGUGCUAUGGGGGCUCCCUCGUUAUUUCCUCCGUGCAAUUUCGGUCAAUUGGCUGCUGCCUCUUCGUCUACUUCACUACAACCCCCAAGGCCAAGGCCAAGGCCAAGGCUUCCUCCUUCCAUCUUCCUCAACCCCAUCUCAGGGAGGAACAAGUUAUUCUUACGUGCUGAAAAUCUUCGCGUGGAACAAAUGGAUUUGAAGAAAGAAUUUCCUGAAUUGAACAAGAAUUUAUACCCCUCUAUAGAGCCAUAUUCUACUGCGUUUUUUAAAGUUUCGGACCUUCAUACUAUAUACUGGGAACAGUCUGGAAAUCCUAAUGGCCAUCCAGUAGUGUUUCUCCAUGGAGGCCCUGGAGGUGGGACUUCACCCAAUAACAGGAGGUUCUUUGAUCCUGUCUUCUACCGAAUCAUUCUAUUUGAUCAGAGAGGUGCAGGUAAAAGUAAGCCUCAUGCGUGCGUGGAGGAGAACACAACAUGGGAUCUCGUUGGGGAUAUUGAAAAAUUAAGAGAGCACUUAAAGAUUCCGGAAUGGCAGGUAUUUGGUGGCUCAUGGGGAAGCACUCUCGCUCUUACAUACAGCAUGUCACAUCCUGACAAGGUUACUGGUAUCAUUCUUAGAGGGAUAUUUUUGUUGCGGAAGAAAGAAAUUGAUUGGUUUUAUGAGGGUGGAGCUGCUGCAAUAUACCCUGAUGCUUGGGAGCCAUUCAGAGAUCUGAUUCCAGAGGAAGAAAGGAAGUGUUUUGUUGAGGCUUACCACAAGAGAUUAAAUUCCAAUAACCUAGAAACACAGUAUGCAGCAGCUAGGGCAUGGACUAAAUGGGAAAUGAUGACCACUCAUCUUCUCCCUAAUGAAGAGAACAUAAAGAGAGGAGAUGAUGAUGAUUUCUCCUUGGCAUUUGCAAGGAUUGAGAACCACUACUUUAUCAACAAGGGAUUCUUCUCUUCAGAUUCUUUCCUUCUAGAUAAUGUUGAAAAGAUAAAGCAUAUCAAAACAAUAAUUGUUCAGGGAAGGUAUGAUGUUUGCUGUCCAAUGAUGUCAGCAUGGGAUCUUCAUAAAGCUUGGCCAGAGGCAGAGUUAAUAAUUGUCCCAGGAGCAGGUCAUUCGGCAAAUGAACCAGGAAUAGCAGCAGAACUUGUUGCGGCUAAUGAAAAAAUGAAAAACAUCCUUAAUGGAGCUUUGUGAGUGGUCAUUGAAUUUACAGCUCUUUGCUCCAUUGAAGCAUUAGACGUUGGCAUCGAUGUUUGUGAGAGGAUGAAUAAUAAUGCAUGAGAGUUGGUAUUUUAGAUGCUUUGUAGUCCAGUAUUCUAGCUUUGCAUCUCUUAGUCGAUGAACUAAGAGCACCACACAUGUGGAAGAAAAAAAGUUUGCCUAAAAACAAUGCCGUGAGUUCUCUCCCUUUUUAUGUACGGCUAUUGUACGAGGCUAAUUGGAAGAGUUCAUUUGUGACAUCAUAUGUAAAUUGUAGGUGCAGCUAAAGUCUUGCACCAUUUAUUAAAGAUGUGCUAUUUCAUGUGAGGAAUAUUAUUGAGAA